GAUGCCCUGGCUGCCCAGGGCUUAUAUAUACAUUUUUUUUUUGGAAAAUUUAAACCUUCUAGAAAUGUAUUGAUUCUGCUCUUAAAUAUUGAAAAUUUUAUUUUUUAUUUUUGAAAAAAAGAGGGUCUUCGCUGAUGCACUUGCAGCUGGGACAGGCAGUCGGAUGAACGUCUCUAGCCACGUGGAAGCCGAUUAAAGGCUCACAGAAGUAGAACGAAAAACUAUGUGCUUAAUUUGAUCUUAGGGUUCUUCCUCGUGUACCUCUCCUCAAUUGGACUCAGUCAGUCAAAGCCCAACUGCCUCCCUCUUCGGGCCCACUCCAUUACCCUAUUUCUGCUUUCCACGCCCAUUCCUUCGCUCCCUCUAUCAUUCCCUUCCUCUCUCUGUCACACGCAGUACGACCUGGCGCUUUAUAUUUCUGGAGCUGUCGUUUUGGACCCUCACUGCUUCGCGGGCUCCCACAAGCUUUUUCAAAUUGCUUAAAUCAAAAGGGUAAAGGAACUCGGCUGGUGGCAUGAGCAGUGGAUCAUUUCCUAGUCACUACAUACUAUGACAGAGGCAAAUACCAAUUACCGCCGUCCGAUUUACGGAUUCUUUUGGCUCCGGCAUGGCGUCCUCGUCAGAUUCCUCCUUCUCCUGCAGGCUUUGCCGUGCUCCAUCGCACAGCUCGGGGCGGAGCCUCCGCCACCCGACCCAAACCCGAAAUUCAGCGCGUCGAUGGGCAUCAUCCUGGUGGCCCUGGUCACCGCCAUUUUCUUCUUGGGCUUCUUCUCCGUCUACGUCCGCCGAUGCUCCGAACGCCACAUUGGCAGAGGGCUCAGCCCCGCCGCCCUCGCCGCCGCUCUCGGCACCUCCGGGCGGCGCUCUCGCCGGAUCGGUCUCGACCCGGACGUCAUCGACUCGUUCCCGAUCUUCGAGUUCUCCACGGUGAAGGGGCUCAACUUAGGGAAAGGUACGCUAGAGUGCGCCGUCUGCCUGACCGAGUUCGGCGACGACGAAAUGCUGCGUUUGCUCCCCAAGUGCGACCACGUGUUUCACCCCGACUGCAUCGACGCCUGGUUGGCCUCCCACACUACCUGCCCCGUCUGCCGAGCCAGCCUCCUCCCCCAACCCUGCGACGCCGCCUCCGUCUCGGUACCGAUUCCUGACUCGGACGUUAACUCGGAAGUUAUAGCUGACACGCGCGAAGCACCGACGGAAGCACUCAUCCGUCCUGACGACGUCACAGGCGGCGAUGUACGCCCUCCGGCGGUCCUACGGCGCAGUGAAUCGAUCAAUCUGAAACCUCCGUCUAGGUCGUGGUCAACGAGGGCGCCAAUCGCCAGGACAUUUCGGCGGUCACAUUCGACCGGUCACGCGCCGGUACGAAGCGGAGAUAACUCUGAGAGAUUCACGCUACGUUUGUCCGAGGAGGUGCGGAACCAAUUAAUAAACUCGACUCCAAACCGGACCAAAGCCGGCGUGGUUUUUCCUAGGGCGAGGAGUUCGAGGAAGGGUUACAGAAGCAGCAGCGUCGGGAGCGGUCCGGGUAAAAGCUAUUUUCAGUACGAGCGGUUCGACCGAGAUACGAAAUCAGACCGGUUACCGUUAUCAGCGACGCCGCCUUUUUAUCCGAGAGCCGGUUCAGCUCGAUCCCUGAAGAUAGUGACCGGCGAAGAACCAGUAAUCCCGUCGAAGCGAUUAUUUCGUUCGCUUUCCGUCAAGUCACCGUUCGAUCGCCGGUUUAUUCCUUUGGUUCGGGACAAGUCCAUACAGACUCCAACGGGAUAGCAUUCAGGCUGAGGCGGCGUAGGUAGGGUGUCAUUAUUUGACUGGUAGAGAAAAUGUGUACAUACUUUUUGAUUUUUUCUCUAUCACUAUUUUGGUAAUUAGUCAUGGGAUUAAAGUCAAUUAUGGCACUUUCUGUGUGUAA